AUGAUUAAUAAAGUUUCUUUGUUUAAUCUAAAAAAUAUUGAUAGUGGUGUUUUUGAAAUAAUUUAGAUUGAUAAAGUUAACUCAGAUUUAUUUAAAAUUUCAAUCUUCUAAAUAGAAUUAGAAUAUAAGUAGAGUAAAAAUAGUAUCUAUUUUUCAUAAAUAUUUGCUGAUUUAUAAUCAUAAGGUUUUAUUUAAUUUUUAAAUUUAAAUGGAUUUUCUGAUUUUAAACUAGAUUUAUCGCAAAUACUCAAUGGAUCUUCAAGUGAUUUUGGUGGGUGUUUAAAUUUUAUGAAUACAUUCCAAGUUAAUUAAAUAUCUUAAGUAAAAAUUUCUAAUAGCACAUUUAAAUAAUGCAAAAGCAAACUUUUAGGAGGUGCAAUAUCGGGUGUUUCAACUAUUGGUGAUCAAAAUAAAUUUAUUUAAUGCACUAGUUAAAUAGGAGGUGCUAUCUAUUUUAUUUAAAAAACUGAUUCUAUCCCAAAUUUAAAUGAAUUUUCAGAAAAUACAGGUUACUUAGCAGCUAAUAAUUAUAACAAAUAUCCUCUGGAUUUAAAAAUUGAUGAGAUCUUAGAAAUAAACAACAAUAAUAAUAAUCCGAACAAUUCAAAUUUAUUUAUAAAAACUGACCAAUAUUUAUACCCUGGUUUGACUUAUAUUAUAAAAUUUUCUAUUUAAGUAGAUGGAAAUUGGUAUGAUCAGUACACUGAUAACAAUAAUUUUGGUAAUCUUUAUAAUUUUCUAAUUUCACCUUCAAAUAAUUUUGUGUCUACCACACCUGCUCAGCUUUUUUCUUUAAAUUAUCCUUUUCUAAUAUGGUCUGCUCAAGAUGUAAAAUUUAAUGGUUAAUAAACAGUAAAUCUCGAAGUUAUUAAUAUUUCCUUAGUAAAACUCUAUUCUAUAAAAUCAAGCUAUUAUAAAAUAUACAACGGAUGUAAAGAACAAGGAAUGGAAAGAGUUUAUUUGCAAAGCCACUAAAAUACUCUAUUCAUAUGCAAGUACUGUGAACAAAUGAAGGCAAGUUAUAGUGGGGUGUGCCAAAGCUGUUAAUCAGAUUAUUUCUCACAAUGUUAUGGAAAUUACUCUUAAUUAAAGCAAUCAUAUUGGAGAUCAAAAUAUUCUGUAGAGUCAUAAGACAUUUAUUAUUGCAUGAAUAACCCAGAAAACUGUUAAGGAGGUAGUGGAAUUGGUAAUGAGCUUUGUUAUGAAGGUCAUAUAGGAGCUUAGUGCUUAAACUGUGAUAUUUAUGGUACCUAUUGGAAUGAAAAGUAUUCUAGUGUGGGUUUCUUUUAAUGUGUAAAAUGCAAUUCUAUAUCUUCUAAUGCAAUAAAAAUAACAAUAUUAAUUGUUGUACUGAUAUUAAGUCUAUCUACUUCAUAUCAAGUUAAUUCACAAAAAUUAAUAUAAUUUCUACUUUUUUUGAGUUUUAGUUCUUAUUUUACAAUCCCUUAAGUUCCCCUUUCUUCUCUUUAGACUGCUUAAUUUCUCAAUAUAAACCUGAAUCUGUGA